AUGGCGGGCUUUGCAUCACCGAAUGUGACAGCACAGUUCCACUCGAAGACCAAAAUCGAAGAGAAAGUGGACUACGCAAACCUCCCUUGCCCUAAACCCUACGAAGAUAUCCACCUCGAAGCUACCAAGUCUCUAAAGCCAGAACUCUUUGAGGGUUUUCGCCUCGACUACACCAAGAGGAUGAACCACAAGUUUUCUCUUAUUCAUAGCUUACUGAUGGGAAACAGUGAAUUUCCAGCUGAACGAUCUCAGCAUAUUUUCAAGACUCCAACUUCCAGUUAUGAAUUUGGUGCAAAUCUCAUUGACCCAAAGUUGAUGCUUGACGGGAGGCUCAUGAUGGAUGGUACAGUUAUUGCGAGAUUCAAUAGCGUUUUAAAGGAGAACUUCACCAUCAAGACUACUGCUCAGCUGAUAAAUGAGCUAGAUCAGUCACAAGGCGUGUUCACCGUUGAUUACAAGGGGUCCGACUAUAGAACUCAGUUUCAGCUUGGAAACUACAAGAAUCAGUUUAAGCCUGGAACCAGUUCCCUGUUCAGAGCUAACUAUAUUCAGCAUGUCACACCCAAGCUAUCUUUAGGUGGCGAGGUUUUAUAUCUUAGUGAGCAUAGGAAGUCGGUUGUUGGUUAUGUGGCUAGAUACGAGACUGAUAAAAUGGUUGCCUCUGGGCAAGUUGCUUCCUCUGGUGUGGCUAUCAUGAACUAUGUUCAUAAAGUUACAGACAAGAUCUCUUUAGCAGCAGAAUUCUUUUACAGUUUUAUGUUAAGAGAUGGUGCAGGUAGUGUUGGGUAUGACCUGAUGUUCAGACAGAGUCGAGUAAGAGGAAAGAUCGAUUCUAAUGGUGUUGUCUUUGCUCACGUGGAAGAACAAUUGUGUCCUGGACUUGGUUUGCUUCUAUGCGCUGAGGUAAAGAAAAUAACAAGCAUGCGGUUUCAUGGUCAUGAAUGUUAUAAUGAUUGGUUUAUUAAAAGGACCAUUUUCUUGAAUAAUCAGGUUGAUCAUGUGAAGACGGAUUACAAGUUUGGUUUGGGUGUUAAAUACGAAGGCCUCUAGAUUUUAUUUUCUUUAGGCGUUGUUUAUCCUCAAAGAGUUAUCAGCUUAGGAAAGUGACUGUGAGGCACUCCCUCUCUCUCUCACACACUCUUUGUUUAAGGUUUUAAGUGUUUUUGUGUAUUGCUUCCAAAAG